AUGUUUCCAACGCUAUCGGGCAACAGCACACAUCAACUACACUUGGAUAACAGUAAUACUACUACGCAGCAACAGCCGACAUUACAGCACUCCCAGCACCAACAACAACAACAGCAAUACCGCUCCAUCAAACGCAGCACCAACAUGAUAUUUCGCAUUGAACACCUCCUACCGAGCACUCACUCGCCUCCACCUGCAAUUACGACCAGCGCUAGUACCCGUAGUACCACUUCCACUGCGACAACCGCUAAACGUUCAAAAAUGCGUGCCACAUGUGCGGGCGUACUCUUGUCACAAUUCACACCAAAGGACAUUGUGUCCGAAGCGAUACCAACUUACGCACUAAUGAGCUCAAACAAUAGGUCGGCGGUCGCUGAGCAAUCUAUUACUGCUUACUGCACACUCUCUGACAAUGUGCUGCGCAUGAGUCCAGAACUAUUUAGACGUAUUAAGCUCUCAGAGGAUAUACACAGUUACAAUGCACUGUUCGAGUUGCAAGCAGGCGGUAUGGUGCAUGUGCGAACUGUGCGUGAUAUAGGACGCGAUGAAGAGCUUGUCGCGUGGUUUGGUGAGGAGAUUGCAUUAUUAAUGGCCAUACCAUUUCUCACACCACUUAAUAUACAAGGCAAUAAACGUUACACUUGUCACCUCUGUCAACUAACUUUCGAAACACCAAAUCCGCUAAAAAUCCAUUUGGCUCUAGGCUGCGGACGUCACUCCAUGGAUAUUCUCUGGAUUCGUCUACACUACGCACUUAAAGCUUCUAGCUACACACAACAACAACAGCUGCUUACAGCAACAGCAACACUAACCCAACCCGCGCUACCUUCUCCAACAGCAGCCCCUUCGAGCACAUCCUCAAUUUCACCUGCUUCAUCACCACAACCCGCCGCAUCAACACAACAAUCCUCACAACCACAACAACACCACCACCACCACCACCUACAACAACUACACCGCUUCUCUGCAUUUAAACCUGUCUCACCUUCCAUAGCCUUCACCGCCGCUGUUACAACGAGCUCGUUUAGCAAUCCAAAUGCGCACAGCGCCAGUACUGCAGUAACUCCAAGCACCGCACUUUCAUAUCUGCCACCUAUCGCAUCAGUUAGUGGCGCUUUGCCACAUAUGCGUUUGUUACAACCGGCCACUGGCGUAGGAGGCAUUGAUGCAGCAAAUUCACUCAACGCUGCUGCUCAAAUCGAAGCGAUCGUUAGCAAUAUGGGCGCCUCCAAGCAGGGACACCUCUGCAUCUACUGUGGCAAAGUAUACUCUAGGAAAUAUGGCCUGAAAAUUCAUAUACGCACUCACACGGGCUUCAAGCCACUUAAAUGUAAAUUCUGCUUACGUCCUUUUGGUGACCCGAGUAAUCUAAAUAAACAUGUUCGCCUACAUAUGCAAUCGAAUGUGGGCAGCACUCCCAUCGAAGGAUAUAAGUGUACGCUGUGCAACAAGACGUUGGCUCGACGGCGAGACCUCCAACGUCACAUAGAAUCGCGGCAUGCGGGUGAUGUGGGAAGCACCUGA